AUGGGUCGCCAUUUUUAUUUCCUUCCCCCUCCUUCUUUCAAGCGUUUAUUUAUUUAUUUUUUAUUAUUAUUAUUCAGGUUUGUUGUAUUUUUAUUUUCUUUAAUUUUUCCUUUUCUUUUUUUCUUAUUCCUUCCAGAAUUUUUACCCAUUUUCUUCUCGAUAUAUUUUCACUUCUUAUCUUCUUAUAAAUCGUUUUUCUUUCUUUUCCAUUUUUCUUUUCUUUCUUUCUUUUUGCUUUUCUUACUUCUUUUACUUCUUUCUUUUUCUUUUUCUCCUUUUUCUUUUCUUUUUCCUUUCUUUUGUGCAUUUUCUCUUUCUUUCCUUUCGUUACUUUUCUUUUUUCUUUCUUUCUUUUCUUUUUUACAUUCUUCCAUUCUUUCUUUUUUUCCUUUGAUAUUUUCUUCUAACCUCUUUCCUCCCACUAAGUCUUCUUUUGCAUUCAUUUCUUUCCUUUAUUUCCCUGCCUUUCAUACUUUGUUCAACUAUCUUCAACUGCAUACCUAUAAUCAAAAAUGUCUAAUUUAUUUCCUUCUCUCUCACCCUUUCUCUCUCACCCUUUCUCUCUCUCUUUUCCACUGCCUCUCUCUCUUUUUUCUCUCUCUCUCUCUCUCUCUCUGUUUUCUUCAUAUUUUCUUCUCUUUUUACUUCCAUUUUUUUCCAUUUUCCCCCGUCACUUUCUUUCAUUUUGCCAACGUCUCCUUCUCUACGUCAUCCCAUCUUCUUCACCUUUAUUCUUACAUACGUUCUUCACCGCCGCCUAUUUCUUACCUAGCACCUCACCCAGAAUAA